GGAGUUGCUUGCUUCACCCAGACAAACUCGUCGAUCCGGGCAAAAACACGCGCAGAUCGCUGUGCUAACCCUGCGCCUCGUCCUCGCGACGCGCUGGUUUUUGCGCCGCUGCAGCGCAUGCACCGCAUCCACAUACACGCGCGUCGCAUAGCGAUCGAUGGAGUGAGACGCAUCAGGUUGCUUCCGGCGACGGCCAUUGCCGCCUCCCUCCGCGCGCCGCCCUCCCAUGCCAUCCUUUCGUCAUGCGUACAAGCCAUCCCCACAUCAUCACCCUCGCCUCUCGCCUGACAACAGCAGCAGCCGCAGCGCGCAGCAACGCUCCACAAAACCACCACCAAAUCCUCCAUCCCGUAGCACGCGCCACCCCCGUCUCCUGCAUUCUUCGUCUUCCCCUUGCUUCUCCGUAACCUCGCGCUUUCUUGGCCGCUUCGCCCGCGACGCAACGGGGGUGGUGGCGGCCUCCGUUUCCUUGGAUAAAGCUCGGGGCUUUCCGCGCAAUCCAGUUCUUCAUUCUCUCUUCCGGUUCUGUUCUUGGUUCUUGGAAAGCCGGUAGAGAUUGUGAGUGUCUCGGGCCAAUCAAUGCUCGCUCGUUUUGAUCCAUCCUAGUUGCUGAGGCGUUUCGGGAUUUCGUCUUAGGACACUUCGUUUCCUGAUCUGUUGUGUACUUCCCCAAAAAAAUCCCAAUAUUGUUUUUCUUUUUUGAGUUCGUCUGGUUUGUGAGCGCCGCCUGCCUACUCCAGUUCCGGCAAUGGGGAACAACAGCAGCAGCGGCAGCACCAGGCCUCCCCGGCCGCCGAGCUCGGAGUCGGCUCUGCCGCCUGCGGCGGCGGCGGAGGAGCUGAGCUCGUACGAGGCGGCGUGCCGAUCCGACCCUGAGCUGCGCACGUUCGACACGACGCUGCAGCGGCGGACGAGCCGCGCCAUCUCGACGCUGGCGGUGGGCGUGGAGGUGCGCUCGCUGUCCCUCGAAUCCCUCCGCGAGGUCACCGGCUGCCUCCUCGACAUGAACCAGGAGGUGGUGCGCGUCAUCCUCGACUGCAAGAAGGACAUCUGGAAGAGCCCCGAGCUGUUCGACCUCGUCGAGGACUACUUCGAGAGCAGCCUCCACACCCUCGACUUCUGCACCGCCCUCGACAAGUGCCUCAAGCGCGCCCGCGACUCCCAGCUUCUCCUACAUGUCGCGCUCCAGCGGUUCGACGACGAGGAGGACAACGACGCCGGCGGCCAGGAGGACGACGCCGCCCCUUCAGCCCGGUACGCGCGCACGCUCCACGAGCUGCGCCAGUUCAAGGCGGCCGGGGACCCCUUCACCGAAGAGUUCUUUAGCGCCUUCCAGGCCGUGUACCGGCAGCAACUGACCAUGCUGGAGAAGCUGCAGCAGCGCAAGCACCGGCUCGACAAGAAGGUCAGAGCUAUCAAGGCGUGGCGCCGGGUGUCAAGCAUCAUCUUUGCGACCACCUUCGCGGCCGUGCUCAUCUGCUCGGUGGUUGCCGCGGCCAUCGCCGCUCCACCAGUCGCAGCGGCAUUGGCUGCUGCUGCUUCCAUUCCGGUGGGAUCUAUGGGGAAGUGGAUCGAUUCGCUACUGAAAGGGUAUCAGGACGCUCUCCGUGGACAGAAGGAGGUGGUGAGCGCAAUGCAGGUCGGGACGUUCAUUGCAAUCAAAGAUUUGGACAGUAUCAGGGUGCUCAUCAACCGGGUGGAGUUGGAGAUCAGCUCAAUGAUCGAUUGUGUUGAGUUUGCUGAGCGAGAUGAGGAGGCAGUCAAGUUUGGGGUUGAGGAGAUCAAGAAGAAAUUGGAGGUCUUCAUGAAGAGUGUGGAGGAUCUAGGAGAACAGGCAGACCGGUGUAGCCGAGAUAUUCGUCGGGCAAGGACCGUCGUGCUACAGAGAAUUAUCAGGCAACCAGCAUCCUAGCUGAAAGAAGAAAGGAGAGAGGAAGGAUGGAAGGAAUUCGGUGAUGGCGAUAGUGAUACACAUGAAAGGGUCUGUAAGACUGUAACCCAGACAAGCAAGCAACGAUGUGAUCAGUGGCCUAAAGCAACAAAUAAUGCUAUCAGAUUUCUGUGAGCCGUCACCAUUACUUUCUUUAUUUAUCACAUGUCCUGAUCUCUGUAGAUUAUCAGUGUGGCUGGCGUUCUUGUCUUCGUUUGAUCUUAUUUAUUACCUCACUUUAAUCUCCUCCGGGCCAUAUCUUCAAAAAUUUCA